UUCACUUCCUGCUUCUCUCCGAACCAGGAAAUAAACAAGUCGGUGGUCUGGUUUAAUGAACAGGCGGUGUCCUUUUUAAAUAGCAUUAGAUUAUAGCUAUUUGGCCAAAUUAUCGCCUGUCACCAUGGCCGGCUUCUUCAAGAAAAAGACAGUAGAUGAUGUGAUAAAGGAGCAGACCAAAGAGCUGAGAGGAACCCAGAGACAGAUCACCAGAGACAGAUCUUCCCUGGAGAAACAGGAAAAACAACUGGAGAUGGAGAUUAAGAAGAUGGCGAAGACAGGGAACAAGGAGGCGUGUACCAUCCUGGCCAAACAGCUGGUUCAGCUGAGGAGACAGAAGAACAGAAGCUACGCCGUCGGUUCAAAGGUCACCUCCAUGUCCUCUCAGACCAAACUCAUGAACUCCCAGAUGAAGAUGGCAGGGGCCAUGGCUACCACUACCAAAACUAUGCAGGCUGUCAAUAAGAAGAUGGAUCCUCAGAAGAUGCAACAGACCAUGCAGAACUUCCAGAAGGAGAACAUGAAGAUGGAGAUGUCAGAGGAGCUGAUUAACGACACACUGGAUGAGAUCUUUGACGAGUCUGGAGACGAGGAGGAGUCUGAUAGCAUCGUUAACCAGGUUCUGGACGAGAUCGGCAUCGAGAUAUCAGGAAAGAUGGUGAACGCUCCUUCAGCCAGCAGAAACAAACCCACCUCUUCUGCCACCAAAUCAGACGGCAUCUCAGACGAAGACAUCGAACGACAGCUCAAAGCCUUGGGAGUGGACUAACACACACACACACCCUGUGCCUGGACACACACACACACGACUCCCCCUGUUCAGUUUCUGACAUGCCUUUUCUGGGAUAUAGUGACACUAUUAUAUUUAUAUAUAUAUAGUCUAUAUGACUAUAGAUGGCAGUUGAUGUAGAGGUCCUGCUGUGUAUUGGGUCUACGCAGUGGGCCACACAAGGAGAGUGAGUUUUGAAUAACAGGGCCACCACGUUCAGUAGCCUAACGUUGUAGAACGUCGCUGAUACAAUAAAAUGUAACGAAUAAGAGUCUCAUUCUACACGUCAGAGAGGCGUGCUUUUGUUCUGUAUAGCACCCCCCCCCCCCCCCAGGUUUUCCACCUGUGUGGAGUUUUAGAACCAGGAAGUAAAGGAGAAUGCUGAUUUAGUUCCAGGUCAGUGCUCCAAAAGGUCACGGGAUUUAUCAAGAUUUAAAGUUCAUGACAGCCUAUCAAUUAAUGAAAUAUUGAACUUUUUUAUUUUUAAGAACCAGGAAAGUUGAAUUGCAUGUGUAACUGAUGAUUAUACUCGUUGUCAGACAUAUCUUUUCAUUUUGAAUGCAUGAACAGUAGAAUCUGAAACUACCUUUCACCCCCCCACCUUAGCCUCACCUCCCCCUGUCCCCCCCCUUAGCCCCACCUCUCCCUGUGUCGUCGUCCCCUUAGCCCCACCUCUCCCUGUGUCGUCGUCCCCUUAGCCCCACCUCUCCCUGUGUCGUCGUCCCCUUAGCCCCACCUCCCCCUGUCCCCCCACUUAGCCCCACCUCUCCCUGUGUCCCCCCCCCCCUUAGACCCACCUCUCCCUGUGUCCCCCCCCCCCCUUAGAUCCACCUCUCCCUGUGCCCCCCCCCCCCCUUAGACCCACCUCUCCCUGUUCCCCCCCCCUUAGCCCCAACUCUCCCUGCCCCCCCCCCCCCCCUUAGCCCCACCUCUCCCUGUACCCCCCCACUUAGCCCCACCUCUCCUUGUCGUCCCCCCAUUUAGCCCCACCACUCCUUGUUCCCCCCCCACCUAGACCCACCUCUCCUUGUCUUACUUCCCAAUCAGUCCUUUCCAGAACAGGUCCAACAGCGGGACUGCUAUCUGUGUGUGUGUGUGGUUCUCAAGGGGGAGUUUUACACAGGUGUGUGAGACACUACUGCGUCUUCGUCUAGCGAGGCUGUCCUUCCAAAUGCCACGGAAACCUGGGCUUCUGAGGCCGACUGGAUCUCAAUGUUAUUACAUGUCUGUCGGUAAUGACGCCACUGUCUGAACCAGUAGGGGACUUUAACAGGGCUCGUACUCACAAAGCUUCUCAGAGUGGUCGUGCUGAUCUAGGAUCAGGUCCCCUCUUAUUCAUUAUGAUCAGUAGUAGUGCUGAUCUAGGAUCAGGUCCCUCUUAUUCAUUAUGAUCUAGGAUCAGGUCCCCUCUUAUUCAUUAUGAUCUAGGAUCAGGUCCCCUCUUAUUCAUUAUGAUCAGUAGUAGUGCUGAUCUAGGAUCAGGUCCCUCUUAUUCAUUAUGAUCUAGGAUCAGGUCCCCUCUUAUUCAUUAUGAUCUAGGAUCAGGUCCCCUCUUAUUCAUUAUGAUCUAGGAUCAGGGUCCCCUCUUAUUAUGAUCAGUAGUAGUGCUGAUCUAGGAUCAGGUCCCCUCUUAUUCAUUAUGAUCAGGUCCCUCUUAUCCAUUAUAACCUAAUGCCAAAACUGAUCCUAGAUCAGCACUCCUGUUCUGAGAUGCUUUGUGAACACGGCCCUGAUAUCUUAGAGCUGUGAUGUGGUGGCCAACUCUUGUCCUGGGGAGCUACUCUCCUGCAGGGAUUUGUUCCGGCCCAACAGUCAUCUUUGUUUUUCUGCUAUCCUCUCGUUUUGAGAAAGUGUAAAUAAAUAAAAAAUACCUUUAUUUCAUCA